AAAAAAAAAGCAGCACUUCACUUUAAAAUAAUAACCACGUCAUGGUCUGAUUGGUUUGGUCCCCCCCUCCCACAUUUAACUCAGUGGACUGGGAAAUGAGAGUAAUGCCGAGCGGUGGAGGGAACGUGGACAAGGCGCGACGGCAGGAGUGAAACAAAGGAGGGGUGGAAGGGGUGAAGAGGGAAAUAUAUGAGCUUCUGCUUGCUUUUCACCUUUUGCAGGUUAUACGGCACAACUCAAAAGGUCAACAGUGCCUCAGCCAUUCUACCCAAAACGCAUGCAGUUUACAGUUUGCAGUCACAUGACUCCACACACUUUGACCCCAUCCAAAAGGCUUGUUUAUUUGCGAAGGAGAUAAUCCCAUUCUGCACUUUAACGGACCAGUCAGCAAGCCAUGAGGAGCCCUGUGCUGAUUUGUCUGGCAGUCGGCUGGAGCUUGUUGGACUUUGGAGUGCUGUGUGCAGGAUGGUCCCUGCAGUGUUACUCCUGCCCUCACGGCUCCUCCAGCAGCUGUGAUGUCAUCCAUGACUGCAACAACCAUGAAGACGGCUGCCUUAAACUCACCAGCGCUGAGAAGACGUACAGUCGUUGCAUUACGUAUGCAGACUGCGACUUCCUGACGCUGGCUGCCAAAUAUUUCUCCCUCUCCGACUUCACCUUCUCCUGCUGCCAGUCAAAUCUCUGCAACAGUCAAGUCAGGAGCUGGACUCAGAGGCUUCACGACUUUUGGGGUUGACAUAACGCCAAAUAAAACUUCUCCACUGUCCUCACAGCUUUUAAUAACCUCAUUAAACAGGCAUU